CCGUUUCGUUUUACAAGAAGCCGUCUAGCGCACUCUAUUCGCUCGCCCUUAAACUUAACAAAAGCCAACGAAUCACCUGCGAGAAAGAGAAAAAAAGGGCAACUGAGUCAUCACCAUGCUUGACGUUGCGGACUUUGUCCAUGGAGCCACUCCAGAGAAGAUCACGGAAAACCGAGAGAGAUUAAAGGAGAAUCAACGGCGUCGCGGCGCACCAGUGGAAGCCAUAGACGAGGUCAUUGCCUUGUUCAAGGCCGCCCGUGAAGCACGCUAUGACGUUACUCAGAUAGGCGAGAAGAUCAAUAAGGUCCAGAAGGAAAUUGGGAAGAAGAAAAAGAACAAAGAAGAUGCGGCUGAUCUAAUCGCGGAGAAGACGGAGCUGGAGAAGCAAAAGAAAGACGCCGAUGCAGCGGCCACAGAGAAGGAGUUGUUGAGAGACCGGAAACUUGCAUCGAUUGGCAAUUACGUCCAUGAAGACGUCCCUACGAGUCAAGAUGAGGCGGAUAACGCUAUUCUCUCGACAUGGGCGCCGGAAUGGUUCAAGGAAGAAAAACCUGCCUACUGCCUCUCACAUGACGACGUGCUUCACCGGUUGGAUGGUUUUGACCAGAAACGAGGCACUAAAAUCUUUGGUCACCGGGGAUACUGUCUCAUCAACUACGGCCUGCUCCUAAAUCUUGCUCUGGUGAACUAUGGACUAGAGUUUCUGUUCAGAAAGAAAUACACACUCAACCAGCCCCCUUAUUUCAUGCUGAAGCAGUUUAUGGCGAAGACUGCUCAGCUUGAGCAGUUCGAUGAAGAGCUCUAUAAGGUUACUGAAAACGAGGAUAAAGCAUCGGAAAGAUAUUUGAUUGCAACUUCUGAGCAGCCCUUGUCUGCGUUACAUAGCGGAGAGUGGCUUCAGGAUAGUGAUCUACCGAUCAAAUACGCCGGAUACAGCACUUGUUAUAGAAAAGAGGCUGGCUCUCAUGGCAAGGAGGUAAUGGGGAUUUUCCGUGUGCACCAAUUUGAAAAAAUAGAACAAUUUGUGAUGACAAAACCCGAGGACUCCUGGGAUGCAUUUAAAGAUAUGAUGAAGAAUUCAGAAGAAUUCUACCAAUCCCUCGGGCUCCCAUAUCGCGUUGUCGACAUUGUCUCCGGGGCGCUGAAUAAUGCUGCAUCGAGGAAGAAUGACUUAGAAGCAUGGUUCCCGUCCCAGGGCAAAUACAAGGAGCUGGUUUCUUGCUCGAACUGUACAGACUACCAGACACGGGCACUGGAAAUACGAUACAGACAGAAGAAGGAUCUUGCGGAUGAGAAGGAAUCCGGCACUGACGAGAAUAAGAAGAUCUAUGUGCACGCGUUGAACGCUACACUGUGUGCUACAGAGCGCACGCUUUGUUGUAUCUUGGAAAACUACCAGACCGAAACAGGCAUAAUUGUACCAGAAGUGCUCCGGAAGUAUAUCCCAGGCCAACCCAAGGAGAUACCAUAUACUAAGGAGCUGGUUGAAAAGCCCAGCGCAGAUAAAUCAAAGACUAAAGCUAAGCAAAAUCCUGCGCCAAAAAAGGGUAAUGUGACUGAAGGGAUGCGGAACUUGAAAGUAUAGAGGGAACUGCGAUACAAACCGAGUGGGGCUGACAGUUUAGCCGCAACUCCCAUAUGCUGAAUAGAGAUUCUCUUUCCAUCGGUGAUAUCUAGGGGAUAUUAUACCGGUGGCUUGUCAAAGUAGCAUACAUGAAUUUAACAGAACAGUGGAUAAAAAGGGUUGCGUUGGGUAUUUUAAAACUGUGAUAAAUAUUUCUCCAUCGUAGAUGAAAUAUUUAACGUAGUUGGAAGCAAGAUAUAUUCCCCGCCGCUCGACAAAUCAAUAACAAUUCUUAUUCACAAU